GCCGAGUCCGGACUGUGAAGGCCCCCUUCACUGCGCUCUCCACUCUCCAUCCAUCUCGUGUAUGAUAUUUGGUCUAAAAUGACUGUUGAAGGGGAGGAAGUAGCAAUAAAAUAUAUACAUAAUUCCUUGCCUGCCGAUGCCGAUCUCAACUCAAUGCGUUCCCAAGUCCUCGAGUUAUGUCAAUUUAACAGGGGCGAACCAUUUACCCUGAAGUGGAUAGACGAAGAACAAGAUCCUUGCGUUAUAUCAUCCGACAGGGAACUCAAAGAAGCUGUUCGUUUGUACAAGCUUAACAAAGAGUGUCAGAUAACCGUUCUCGUCUUUGCGGGCGAACCUGCCGGGCCAGGGAAGCCAUGCCCUACUGAAGACCUCAAUAUGUAUCGUCGUGGUGCCAAACGUUGGAAGAAAAAAUAUUAUCUACUCAUGGGCCACAAAUUGGUCGGUCGUCGUUUCAAUCGUAAUGCCCAGUGUGCCUAUUGCCAUGGCCGUAUUUGGGGGCUGGGUCAGCCGGGAUUCAAAUGUAUCGGAUGUAGACUGCUUUUGCAUCGACGAUGUCGUGGAUGUAUCAGACACAAAUGUGGGGACCCCAUGGAUAUGCCUUUUUACCCAAACAAUGUGACUGUUGAUAAAGUCAGUACACUCGUGCCAGACAUAUCCAAUGAAGGUGACCGUACCACUCCCGUCCCGAUGCCUUCAUCCCAGCCAGACCCGUACUAUUUGGGUAGUGACCAAUCGAGACUAAAGGCGAAUGAACAAAUGCGUUACGUUGGCAUUUCGAACCCUGCUUUCGUCGAUAACCGAAAACCGCGCAACCACGUGGAGGAGCCUCCUAGUGACUACUCGAGUCGAAUGAUUCCAAUACGCGAAGAUCGGUUGGCUGAAAUGUCCGUCAUUUCCACACCGGCCACUGUGGGUCAGGUUGGAUUGCAAGACUUUAAAAUGUUGAAGGUUAUCGGCCGAGGAAGUUAUGCCAAAGUAUUCCAAGUGGAACACAUCCCCACAAACCGUAUAUACGCUAUGAAAGUUAUCAAGAAAGAGACCAUUUCUGACGAGGAGGAUAUUGAAUGGGUCCAAACCGAGAAGCAUGUUUUUGAAUGUGCAACCAACCACCCGUUCCUUGUGGGGCUUCAUUCUUGUUUCCAAACGGACAGUCGAUUAUUCUUCGUGAUUGAAUUUGUCAAUGGCGGUGAUCUGAUGUUCUACAUGCAGCGGAGUCUGCGACUCCCAGAGGACUACGCACGGUUCUAUGCUGCUGAGAUAUGUUUGGCGUUGAACUUCUUGCAUGAACGAGGGAUCAUUUACCGAGACUUGAAGUUGGACAACGUGCUUAUGGAUAGUGAGGGUCACAUCAAACUGACCGACUAUGGAAUGUGCAAGGAAGGGAUAAUUGGUGAUGUGAUGACCUCCACAUUCUGUGGCACACCAAACUACAUAGCACCAGAAAUACUCAAGAGCGAGAAUUACAGCUUCAGUGUGGAUUGGUGGGCUCUGGGUGUGCUUAUGUUCGAGAUGCUUGCUGGUCGAUCUCCUUGGGAGGGAAUCGGUCAGUCAGCUAACCCGGACCAGAAUACAGAGGAUUAUCUCUUCCAAGUGAUAUUGACCCGCCCGAUUCGAUUUCCCCGAUCGAUCUCUGUGCGUGCUACCAAUAUUCUUCGUGCUUUCUUAACGAAGGCUUUGAAACAGCCUUGUACUUUUGUUGAUCGCAACAGCUAUCAGGCAUCUGAUAUUAAAGGUACACUUUUUCUGACACACGCUUGUUA